AUGGCCGACACCCAGAACCCCGAGGACCAAACCGGCAUCCGGUCUCCCUUGCCUCUCUACCAACCCAUCCGCACUCCCCCCUCGACAAUCACCCACCAUACCGGCGGCUGCAACGGCACCCACUGCCAGACGACCUAUGUCCAGCCCUGCCACCACGGAGAGUCCGUCGGCGAAGGCUCCCGGUCUAACAUGGUACCUCUGCCCAUGUUGGGCCGAUUCCCGGCUCUCGUCGAAUGUCCCGGCUGCAAGGGCGUCGCUCCCACCACCACCGAGCACACCAUUGGAAAGGGAACUCACUGGAUGGCCGUCAUGUUCUUCUGCACCACCGGCGUUGGCGUGUUCAUCCCCUACUCCAUGAAGCCCUUCAAGAACGUCCGCCACAACUGCAUGCGCUGCGGACGUGUCCUCGCUACCAACCGAUUCGGCGGCGGAACCAAGGCUCACUUGAUGUAA